AGUCUUUGUAACUUCACCGCUUCACAUAGUUCACAUAGCCAGUUAUAAAUAGAAUGAAUAUAUGUGGAUAGUCUCUGUUGUGUAAACUCUGUAUUAGGGGAAUAUAUCUCACCUUAAAAAUACCUGUUUAAAUUUAAUGAUGCCCAGUCCUAAAUAUUUGAGGAUUAUAGAACAAUGUCGAUCGAGAGGAAGACCGUAUAAUGAUCCAGAUUUCCCUGCCAAUUAUAUCUCAAGAGUUGGAGAAGAUGGAAGACACGAGUCAAAUAUUGAAUGGAGGCGACCGUUUGAAAUAUCCAAACAUGCCCAAUUUAUUGUUCAAGGGGCUGACUACGAUGACAUAACCCAGGGUGAUUUAGGCGAUUGUUGGUUUAUAUCGGCCAUUUCUAUAUUAGCAACAAAUCAAACAUUAUUUGAACGGGUUGUACCACAGGAUCAAGUUAUUGAUGAGACACUUGGCGUAUUUGUGUUUAAUUUUUGGGUAAACGGAGAUUGGCAAGAAGUCAUAAUCGAUGAUCGCCUUCCAACAUAUGUUAAUGGACAACUGGUUUAUGCUAAAAAUUUAAAAGAGCCGAAUGAAUUCUGGUGUCCUCUUAUGGAAAAAGCGUACGCCAAACUGUAUGGUAGCUAUCUUGCUCUGGAUGGUGGUCUUUCUGUUAACGCUUUAGUUGAUAUGACUGGAGGUAUAUCGGAAAGGUUUAUUUUAAAACCAAAAGAUUACAGUCGUCGUUAUAAACCCGAAUUUCUUGCUGAUGUUUUACUCAAGUGUUAUACAAUGAAUACUUUAAUGGGUGCAGGUAUUAAUGCAAAGAGUCAGUGGGGUCGAUCUUUAAAUUAUCUGAGAGGAGAUUUGUCAGAUCAGCAUGCAUACAGUAUCAUUAAAGUUGAAAAGAUACAAUAUGGUCAUCAAAAUAAAACAGUUACCCUAGUGUUGAUACGGGAUCCUAAUGCAAAUAAAAGGGCCAUCUCGGAAUGGAAAGGGCCCUGGAGUGAUAAUUCAUCUGAAUGGUCAUCUGUAUCUACAGAAGUUAAAGAUAGAAUAGGUUAUGACCCAGAAAGAUAUGAUGGAGAAUUCUGGAUGAACAUUGAAGACUUAAUGGUACAAUUUGACGACCUAGAUUUACUUCAUCUAACACCAAAUGCUUACACAUCUGAAGUUGCUGAUAAUAUGGGUAAAAAAGAAUGGAAAGUUCAAGAAGCUGAAGGUUCAUGGAAGAAAAAUAUCACCGCUGGGGGACAGAAGUGGCUAUUCAUGAAUCCACAGUUUAGACUGGAUAUUGAAGAGAGUGAAAGAAAUGAAACAACUGUCAUUAUAUCCUUACUUAGAUAUAGCAGCGGUAAAAAUAUUUUUGAUGAUGAUGUCUACUUUGGUUUAGGAGUUUACAAGCUAAAUCCAGGAGUAAACGUGAGAAAACUUGAUGAUCGAAGUUUAGCAACAAGAGUAUUUCAUUCAAACCUAUACAGAAAUGUAGCCCGUGAACAGACAGAGAGACUUGAACUAGAUGCUGGAACAUAUUUCCUUAUACCAUCAACCUAUGAAGAUGGGGAAGAAGCCGAUUUCCUUUUAAGGGUAUUUUCAGAAAAGGACGUAGAAAGUCGUUCUAUAGAUGACACCACUGAAUUUGUUGAGAAACCACAAGAUCCUAAGAACUAUUUGAUCGCCAAACUGUUCCAGAAAUACACCCAAGACAACAAACAUGUUAACUCGUUCCAAUUACAGAAAAUACUUAAUGAUUUUGAAUUUAAAGAGUUUAAUAACAGUGAAGGUGUUACCCUGGAAACGACUCGAAGUUUAUUACAUCACGAAAAUCCUAAUGGAAGCGGGAUGCUAGAUUUAAAUCAAGUGAAGAAUGUCUGGGAAUUCGUGGAACAGUGCAAGUUUUCUUUUGUUGCGCUUGAUAUGGACAAAUCUAGAGCUGUAGAAGUCUACGAAUUAAGAAGUUUAUACAAUUCACUAGGGUUUAACGUAAGUUAUAAAGUUGUUGCUGUUAUUGCCAAGAGAUAUGGCAACCAAAAUGGUAAAAUAAACAGCGAAGAUUUUCUUCAAAGUACUGCUAAAGUUAUGUCCCUUUACACAAAAUUUAGAGAGAUGCUAGAUAAGAGAAUUAUAAAAGGAGACAUUGAACAGCUUAUAAUGGCAGCAAUCAACUCUUGAACACCCACACCAAACCAUUGUCGAACACCAUUUCUCCAUCAUUUUUUCGAUUCUCGUUUUUUUUUAAAAUUUAAAAUAUAUAAGUAUGCUCAUUUAUUAUAAAUUGAACGCAUCUUUGUUCGAUUUUCAUUUAUUAUUUCCGCCAUUUCAAAGGCAGCAUUAGCUCAAACGGAACACGUACCCAAGAAGUUUUUCUCUGUUUCAAUAAAUCUGCAUCUUUUGACUCCCUACUAGAAGGACGGCUCGACAGUUAGUUGCUUAAUGUCUGAUAAAAUUACCCCCCCCCCCCCCGGGCCAAAAAUGCUGCACGAUUUAUGUUUGUUUUAAAAAGGUUAAAAGUGCUGCACGAAUUAUGUUAGUUUUAAAAAGGGUAAAAAAUAGUUGAAUUCGUACAGCUUACAUUAUAGGUAUAUUACGGUAGUGCGUAUCAUUAGUAGUGUGGUGUCUUCGCCUAGAAAUAAUUUAUUUUUUUACAGAAUCAUAUAUUUUUCUUGGGUUUUUUUGGAAAAAUACAAUUAAAUAUAUUUUAACAAAAUUACCCUGUGUUCGGUAUUAUCAAAUUGUAACUUCCUCCACAGUCGUUCUCGCGACUAUAAAUAUAGGAAAAUGAAAUGGGGUUUAGCGUCGACUGGGCUAAUGAAGACGGCCAUAUGGCAUGCAGUAAGCUAUGAGGGAAAGUUUUCCCGGACUGCGGCACUACGUACGUCAUACUCUUAUUUCGAAUUCCAACUAUCAAGGGUUCUUUUACGUGCACGCCAAUAUGUACACGGGACCUCGGUUUUUCGUCCCACCCGAACGACUAUACGUUGUCCCCAUAUGCUCUGACGUAAUUUGUUCUUGAUUUCCCCAAUAAAUAUACAUGUAUGUUUUGUAGGAAUAAGGAAGACAUCGUUGCCUUCAAAAUGGCAUAUUCAUUUUUUGUGACGGCUUCCGGAAAUUACCUAGGCCUUCCGAUCUUUCCCGAACACGAAUAGUUCUCUCCAUUUUAAAAACAGACCAAAAUAUGGUGGUGUUUGCCCCAGAUAUUAUCUUUCAUUUCAGAGACCUUGUUCCAUAACACUUUCAACCGUUUAGCCGCCAUAUUGGAUUUUACAAAAAAAACAAACUUCAAAUCGAUAUAUUCAGCCGCUAUAUUUUGAUUCCGAUUUUCGAAAACUUGUUUUUGUUUUGAACCUACUCCAAAUGGCAACAAUUCUUAGGGAGCCGAUUUUUGAAUUUCGAUUUUGUUUACUUCCGGUUUUCGACUUUUGACCUAACCGUUCAAUGACAUGACGUCUACUAACAAAAUAUCAAAAAGUUUGUUCUUGAAGUAUAACUUCCGGUUUUAUUAAAGUUCAAAAUAAGUUUUUUCCCCCCCCCACUUUAACAGGUAUUGGAUGUUACUAUACUCAAUAGUUCAUGGUGUAACUUGAUUGUUGACGUGACCUGACAUACCGAAACACGUUAGUACUCCUUCGGAGUUCUAGUUGUUUGUGUUUUAUCGGUCAAUAUAUAGGCCUAUGUCUACUGUAAUAUAAUUGGGGAUUGAUGCCAUAUUGAAUUAUAAUAUUAUAUCAAUAUGACCACAGCCUGACCUAAUUAGUGGUUGCCAUGCAAGAUAGCCUAUAUUUUGCAAGAGAUGGACAGAGAACAAGCUAAAAUGCUAUUUUUAGUACAAUCAGGGGGAAUAAUCCAGAAAGUUUUGGUCCAAUAUACGCCAAUAUCGAAACGAAUCGAAAUCUUUGGGUUAUAAACACACAUUUUAAGUUGCAUCCAAAUCGGAUCAAAAUUGUGACCUUUAAAGUGUCCACAAUCUAAAGAGGCGCCAUAACCCACGAAAUUGCGCUCCAAUACAUGAUAAUAUCGAAAGGAACCGCGAUUUUGGGGAUAUAAAUAUUUCAAGUUUCGUCAAAAUCGGAUAAAAAUUGUGACCUCUAAAGGGUCCACAACCUUGACAAAUCGGCCCCGUUUGUCGCGACGCAGGAGCGCCAUCACGUAGUGAUCUCUAAAACUAUUAUGGCCACUUCCGCCUUCAUUUCUAUCGGGUUUGGAGCUCAAAGUACGGCAAUAAACUCGCUCUAACUUGACUGAAUGAAAAAUCUAACAUACCUUUCGACUUUGUGGAAUAAAAAUCUAUAAUUCUACUGAUCUUUUUUUUUGAAAAUCUUAUCGGAUUCCUGAGAACAGAUGUAGGCCUAUUUUCUUCAUGAUCACCAUCAAAACAUUGAAGAAUCCAUUAUGUCGUAAAUUUUAUGUUAAUUAGAUUGCCAUUACUUAGAUUUUCCUUUUUCUCACUGUUUUAUUGUCGAUUUGGGAUGAUACGAAUAUUUAGUAUAUAUUAAAGACGUCUCUAUUCAUUUGACCUCAUUUGACGUUUAAACCUAUAUAAUGUACAUGAAUUUUAGGUACUAUUUUUUUUUGCGGAUGAAUACAGCUGUUCUGUAAUGCUUUAUAUUGAUCUGUAACAUAAAGAGUUAAGUGGAUUUAUCUCCCUUUCAUGAUUAAUAAUAAUGUUCUCAUGAGCCGUUCUUUUUUUUCGGCAUGAAGCCUUAGUGCAUAAGGUACUUAUAUGUGUAUCUCCCCUGUUGGGAGCUAUGUAUACUAUUAUAUUUUCUUACUUGACUGUCAUUUGGGUUUUCUCUCUUUGUUUGCUCUGUACCAUGUCCCCUGUGGACCCUUGAUUGGAAAUAAAGCUAUUAUUAUUAUUA